AUGGCGUCAAGCCAGAAGGCCGCCCGCCUGGGAGACGAGGUCUGGAAGACACGAGUCGACAAGGUCAACGCCGAGCUGGUGACCCUUACCUAUGGAACCAUUGUGGCUCAGUUAUGUACCGACUAUGACUACGACUAUGCCCAAGUCAACCAACAACUCGACAAGAUGGGAUAUAAUAUCGGAAUGCGUCUCAUCGAAGACUUUCUCGCAAAGUCCAACACUGGUCGAUGUGGAAAUUUCAGAGACACUGCGGAGAUAAUCUCCAAGGUUGGCUUCAAAAUAUUCCUGAACAUAACGCCGACUGUCACCAACUGGACUGCCGACAACAAGCAGUUUUCACUAUUGUUUGAUGAGAAUCCUUUGGCCGAUUUCGUCGAACUUCCGGACGAUGGUAGAGCCCAGGAUGAGCUGUGGUUCUCCAAUAUCCUCUGUGGCGUGCUACGAGGGGCCUUGGAAAUGGUUCAAAUGUCUAUCGAGGCCCGUUUCGUCAGUGAUGUUCUUCGGGGCAGCGAUGUGACAGAAAUGCGGGUGACCUUGAUCCGUUACAUUGAAGACGAGAUGCCUCCAGAUGAUGAAUAG